CGCGGAGGAUCAGACUAAAGUGGAAGAGAGGUGUUCCGCUGUCAUUGCAGUAGAAGUUCACAAUGGCAGUGCAACGCCGAGGAAACGUUAAAACCGCAGACACAAGUAGCAUUGAGAAAAAAAUUAAAAGGGGGAUUGCACAGAGACAGGCUUCAUCGUACAGAGGGUUUGCUGCUGUUCUGGUGGCCCUGGUUGGCACAUGUGCCCUGCUGACUUGGCUGUGGUCCAUCUGGACUAAUGACAUCACGCACACUAUGGUUUCCAGAGGGGAAGUACUUACAGAGCCCAGAGUGUUCAUGAUCCAGUGCUCUGAAGAUUAUAAAAAAUACAAGCACUUCCCAGGCUGCACACCUACCAAAUGUGGCCGCGUGGUUUUAGACAGUGUUGUAACCACAGACGAGGCACGUACACUGAAGAGGCUAGCAGAAAGGGGCCUGGCCCUCGGUGGUUCAGAUGGUGGUGCAUCCAUUCUGGAUCUGCACUCUGGAGCUUUGUCGAUGGGAAAAAAGUUCGUAAAUAUCUACAGGUAUUAUAGUAACGAAAUAAGAGAUAUCUUCACUGAAGACGAUUUUGAGCUUUACAGGAUUGUGCGUGGCAGAAUUCAGAAGGUGAUUGCUGAAACUUUUGGGUUGGACUUCAAUAAACUGUACCUUACCAAACCCACCUUCUUCUCCCGUAUGAACAGCACCAGUGCUAAGACCACUCAUGAUGAGUACUGGCACCCACAUAUUGACAAGGUGACAUACGGGUCCUUUGACUACACUUCAUUACUCUACCUAACAGACUACGGCGUGGAUUUUGGAGGGGGUCGAUUUAUCUUUAUAGACCCGAAUAGCAACCGAACAGUGGAGCCUCGCUCAGGGCGAGUCUCUUUCUUUUCCUCAGGCUCAGAGAACCUCCACCGUGUGGAGAAGGUGACAUGGGGCACGCGUUACGCCAUCACUGUGUCCUUCACUUGUGACCCCGAUUAUGCUAUAGCUGAUCCCAGCUUACCAUAGGGUCCUCCGGAGAUAAUGUCUGGAGCCCUGGGACAAAAGAAAAAAAAAUACAUGAGAAA